AUGGAUAGACGCAGUGGUGGUCAAUCCUCUGGUGCUGGAGCAGCUUCUCCUCGGAAACAUCAGUCCUUCCCCGUUUGCGUCACAGAUGUCUUGGAACAGGUAACGAAAGUUUGUGGUCAGCAAGGACAGAAAUGGCGUGGUCCAGCAGCACUGCGAAACAAUGAAUUACAAUAUCAACUGGAUAAUGAUUUGUUUUGCAUUUCUCCAGAUCGGCGAGUAUCUCGGUUGAAUCAAAUACAACAGUUACGUCUCAUGCAGAUUCUUUGCGAUUAUUUCAAAGAAAGAGAAUCUGAACCACGUGGUCAUCAGUAUUCAUAUUUCGAAGCGAUAUUUUGUGGCCGUGAGGGCGAACCGCUUUUGCAUGAAACACGUAUUUCAUUGCUAAUUAACUUGUGUUCACUGGCUGUGCAGUAUCCAUGUUAUUCAGUGCUGAACCAUAUUUCGCAGUGGCUACAUAAGAUUGGUAGUGGAAAGUCAUAUGCACAGCAGUUUGUUUCCCAACUUGUUGACCAUUACAU